AUGCUUCAUCCAACUGAAGUAGCCGCGCAAGGCGCGCAUUAAACCGCCUGGGCACUUCACGACAUUUGGGGCCCGAAUACCAGAUGUUGGGGAGAAGCAGGGCUGCAGGCUGAACGCUAGUGGUUGCCACUGUCGUGCUUCCGGGGCCCGCGGCUGCCCAUGCACUGAACCACCAGUUUAGAUUGGUGCGGAUACCCGGGUUCCUCGCAUAGGGCGCACGGCAGCACUGCCCCGCCGGCUUUUGAGAAGCAACCGUAGUACCGUAGUUGCUACGUCCUGGGCAUGGCUGGGUUGUGUCUGUCGCCUCGGGGCUUGCAAGGGCACCUAACCGUCGCCACCUCAAAGGGAAAUGGUGACAUACAACGAUGGAGGACACGGGGUCGGGCAAAGCUUGGCUGGGUUGCCCGCGCCGGGGUCACGGACUCACCGCAGCGCUGCCGUGCCAGCCAGUUACGGCCGCCGUGGGAUGUGGCGGAGAUUUGAUUGCUGGAGCCCUUUGGCAUGGGCUGGCUGCCGGCGUUGCACCGGCCGCCGCCGCCGCCGCAGUAGCACGCUCUAUGGCCUAAGUGGUCUAGGUGGUGGUGGAGGUUUAUUUAACGUCCUGGGCGGGAAGGUGGAAGCCGGGGAGCGAGGACAGAUGGGAGAUUGGGAGAGGGAGUGGGUUCGUGGCGCAUGUCUUGUGUGGUGUUGAAAACAGCAAUAGGCACAAGCUUGCCAAGCUCAACUAAUAAUACGGGCAAGCGUGGAUAAGGGCCACGCAGCCUUUUCUUCGUAGUUGCGAGUCAAACUCCCAGUUCUGGAGGCUAUGCACAGCCGGUGCGCCAGCUGGUGUCGCUUCAAUAGAUGGGAUGGUGGUUUUGCGUUGAAUUGGGAUGUGUGAGAUGGUUGGUGCGUGCGUGGGAGGCGUCUGUCGUACUGUGGCGUGUGUUGCCUGGUGUGCUGGACUGGCAGGCGGCGUUCACAUAUGUUAGUCGCGUACGGUAUGCGCAUAGCAGAGCUAGUGCUGUGUGUUGCUGUAUCAGUUGACUGGGGGUUGCGAGGGGCACACGGCAGUGAACAACGGCGGAAGGGCUGUUGUAAGCGAAGGCUCCAGGAGCUUGCCGACUGACCGGAGCUUAAAACAAGUUUUGAAGUAGGGAGCAGUGUUUGAGCGGGAGGUGGUUCAGUUGCAGGGGUAAGAAGUGCAGGGCCCGGGGUUUCGUGUGUCGCUCUGAAGGCCGCAUUCACCAUCACAUCGAGGUCUCAAAUGCUGUCUUUCUGUGUGGUUUGUUUUAUUAAGUUGCGUUUGCGUACGGUAGCUGAUGAGCGAGCAACUUAUGCCGCCGUGCUUCGGAAAGCUAUCGAGUGCCUGGUUAGGAGGCCGCGUGCGCUUGCUGGCGCUCUCUUUUGUUGACUGGUAAGAUGUGAGGCAUGCACCGCUGGCGAGGCCCUUUGGCGUUUGAAUGCAGGUCAUGGGCGAGCUGGGGAUCACAGCAGGCGCGCGCAGCAGCAGGCGCGAGUAGCAGCCAGAAAAUGCGAGAGCACUAUCGUUUGAGAGAGAUCCGGCACGGAGAGGUCAGCAGCACGAGCCGCAGCGGGCGAAACCGCGUCGACAGAGCAUGUAGUCUGCGGCCGCGGCAGGCCCAGGAGGAGUCUGGGUGACGAACUCUCCCAGGAGGAGUCUGGGUGACGAACUCUCCCAGGAGGAGUCUGGGUGACUAACUCUCCCAGGAGGAGUCUGGGUGCGAACUCCCCCGCCCAGGGUGACUGGACCCCCAGGAGGAGUCUGGGCGACAAACUCCCCCAGCAGGAAGUCGUCUGGGUGACGAACACCCCCGGUUUAGCAUCCGGGUGACCAACUGCCGACGAAUGACGGAUAGCUUGACGUGAAUAUGCGGCCGCUGACCAACAGCGUACCGGGAUCAGCGCGGGCGGAGAUGCGUUGCUGCAGCGGGGGGGCGGUGCGUAGCUGCGGCGGUGCUCACUGCCGCAGCUUUGGUUUUGGGGGCAUGGGGAGAGGGUACAGGGAUAGGCGAGGAGCCGAGGCAGUGCAUAGCUGCGGCGGUGCUCACUGCCGCAGCUGCGGCGCGGAAGACAUCGGGGAAGGCCGAACGGAUGGCUGCGGCUGCGGCGGUGCUCACUGCCGCAGCGGUUCGGGAAGGGGCAUCCCACAGGAGCGGCGGCGCCGGAGUAGCCAUGCAGAAGCAGCAAUGCAGUACGCAGGAACUGGUAUGGGGGGUCAGGCCGGCAGACGGCAUGGCGGACGGGCGUAUGCUCCCCGCCAUGGUUUUUCCGGUCUGCCGGGGGAGCGUCUGUGUGCUAGUGUCCGGGUGUGUUCGUGUUCCACAGAAGCGGUGUCGCACAAACCAAACGCAUGAUGUGCGCAGUGCAAUCGCUUUUGGGGUGAAUGAGAGGGAACUGGUGAGGGGGGUGGUUUCUGCCCGGUGUGUGGUGGCGAGAAGCCAAACCGGGCAGACCAAGUGAAGCAGCAUCCCGGUUGCUGCUGGCUGGUGGUCGGUAAGCUUGGGUGCAGAGACGCCAAGUUUCCGGCCAUCUGGCAAUCCCCCCUUUUUGAUAUUGCCCUCCCCCGGACAGUGAGCGUGUGCGUGCGUGCCGUGUGUGCGUCUGUGUGAGUGCGUGUGCUAUGUGUGGUUGCAAAUUUAUAACCGGUGUUGCUCAACACCGCUUGUGCAGCUCGGUUGGUUCGCCUCCCCGCGCAAAACACGCCCCGUAUCUCAAAACAUUCGCUUGCGCGCAGGGGUGCCUGCGUGCGCGACCUUUUGCGCGCCCGCUCUGGAUGGGGUAACCUGUGUUCUGAUAACGCAUCAGAACCGACUACGUGACACCUUUAUCGGCAAAGCUUUCAGGUUAUAAAGCGGUGCAGGAAGGCAUGGAACAACAUGUCGAAUCUAAUUUC